AUGUUUAGGAAUGUUCAAAUUGAGUUUGUCAAAAAGGCUAAUUGCAGGGUCUCUGUUGUUGCGGAAGAGGGUCCAGUGGUAUGCAUGAAGGUUGAAGAGGAAAAACUAGUGAAUGAUACUAUUCUUUGUGUUCCGUACGACGUCCACUUCGAUCGAUCCACACAGGAGGUUCGUUGUGAGUGCAAUCUAUUUGAGAGUUCAGGCGUGUUAUGCUGUCAUUAUCUUGAAGUCUUCCAUUCUUACAAGGUGUAUAAAGUACCUAAUCGAUAUGUUCUCCCUCGUUGGAGAAAGAACAUAAAGCGCAAGCAUACUUAUGUCAAGAGUAGUCACGACGUCAGUCGGUCAGAUGAGAGUCAUGUUGCAUUCAAGGGACUAUGUUCACACUUCUACAAUAUUGCUCAGGAUUUUGUAAACGACGACGAAGAAACAGCCUUGCUUCAUGCUGCACUGGAAGAAACAAGAGCUAAGCUGACUGCUCACCGUGCCAAGAAGAGGUCUGAGAGUGUGGCGGACUCCCACAACAAUAUUAGCUCACAAAGUUCGAACUUGUCGGUGUGA